AUGGCACAGGCAGACCAUGCAAUAUACAAGGAGGUGUUGACAAAAGAUUCAGACAGAACAGCUGGAAGUCAAACAAAUGACCCUAGUCAACCUUGGAAACCUCCUACAUGGCCUAUUUAUAAAGUAAACUUUGAUGCAGCCUUUGAUCAAGCUAGUGGAAGAAUGGGGAUAGGAGUGGUCAUAAGGGAUUCAGAAAGGGAACUAUUGGGGUGUUUGAUUGCACCAAAGGAGCAUGUCCCUUCAGUUUUCCAAGCAAAAAGCUAUGCCCUUCACAAAGCUAUGGAGUUAUGCAUUGAGUUAGAAUUGUCACAAGUGUGUUUCGAAGGGGAUUCAAAAGUUGUUAUAGAUGCUGUAAAUUCAAAGGAAGAAGACAGUUCAUGGUCUAGAUAG